AUGCAUCGUCCGCGACAUAGUCUUGAUGUGCCCGUGCUCCGCCCAAAAGAACCGGCUUCUCCACGAGAUCGCGACGCGAGUCCUGUUCCAGAGAAUGGCGCGGCUCCGCGUAUUAUCCCGAGGCGGAACAGCUCGACGAACCGCCAUGGAGUAUACAUCCCGCGCAGCGACAGUAACUCCCCAAGUCCUUCCCCAGAUGCUACAUCUGCCGGAGUGCGUAUUCCCUUCCCGCGUUGCGUCUCCGGAGAGCAUCCUGCUGCUCCAGCCCCUGUCCCAAGUGCAAGCGGCGCGGAAAUGUCAGCAACGACCGCGGCUGCAUCUGCAGCACAGCAAAGUCGGUUCUCGCGUGGACGCUUCCAGUCGGAUGUCGAUGCGGGUUCUCGUCGUCGACCACGUCCGACUUCUUAUGAUGAGCUCGGUGCUAAGCCACGUCGGUCACGUAUUGAGAGUAUGGUAAGCCUUGGGGGUGCAUCAAGCAGCAAUUUCAGCGCAAGCGACAUCCGGAGUUCAAUGGACGGAAGCGCCAUGCGGAAGACGCUAAUCAUUCGUGACGAAGGGAAGCCGUCCACGCAUUUCCAACUUGGAAAUUGUAUUGGACGGGGUCAAUUUGGUUCCGUGUAUCGCGCUUUGAACCUUACUACUGGACAGAUGGUAGCUGUCAAGAGAGUUCGCUUGGAGGGACUUUCGGAGGAAGAUGUGAAGCAGCUCAUGCGGGAGGUUGAUGUAGUCAAGAGUCUGUCUCAUCCCAGCAUUGUUAAAUAUGAGGGCAUGUCCAGGGAUAGCGACACGCUAAACAUCGUUCUUGAAUACGCGGAAAAUGGAUCGCUUGGACAGACCCUGAAGGCCUUCGGAAAGCUUAAUGAGAAGUUGGUUGCGACAUAUGUGAUCAAGAUCUUGGAAGGUUUGGACUACCUGCAUCGGAAUGAUGUCGUGCACUGUGACCUCAAGGCCGCGAAUAUAUUGACCACGAAGACCGGCAACGUGAAACUCUCCGAUUUUGGUGUCUCUCUCAACCUGCGCAAGGUUGGCCGUGAUCAUAAAGCAGAUGUCACUGGCACCCCGAACUGGAUGGCCCCUGAAGUCAUUGAACUCAAGGGCGCAUCUCGUGCUAGUGACAUAUGGUCUCUCGGGUGCACUGUCAUUGAGCUCCUGACUGGCCGACCACCCUACGCGGAUAUCCCUAAUGGCAUGUCCGUUAUGUACCGCAUCGUGGACGACGAAAUGCCUCCGAUCCCUGAAGACUGGAACCCCAAGUUGAAGGACUUCUUGCUGCAGUGCUUCCGGCGUGAUCCUGCGGACAGACCCACCGCAGAGGUCCUUAGCGAGCACGAUUGGUUGAAGGAGCACUGUGAAGUGCACAAAGUGAUUCGACCAAAGGACAGUAUCCCAUUCCUGCGGCGA